UCCUUCUUCAGAACUAGUUAGAGCCAUCCUUACAAACUUUCGUCCUUCACGCUGGUCGUACGGGCGAAGUUUUCUUCUAGUCCUCACUGCCCCAGUUUCCCGUUUUAGUAAAUCCUCAUCAUCAUGUAUAUGCUCGCCGCGAGAUUCCUCGUGGUACUUCUGCUGGUCAGAAGCUGCUGGUCCGAUUGCUAUAUGCACAACCCAAGAGGCAGCAACAACCGCCUCAACGAACGAUCGGCCAACAGGAAAAAUGGCAACCGCGUAUUUGAUUCUCAGAACAACAACCGAGGAGGCUACAACGUAGGAGACCCUGGUACAACACCCUUUCAGACUGAGAUUGGGCAGUAUAAUAUGAAAUACUUCCAGAGCGGUACACUGGGCAGCUCUGAGUUGGAAGUCGAGUGGACAAACCAGCAUGGCUGUGGUGGUAACGAGGACAGUGAUCCACACAAGCUCAACUGCAACAUGGUGCUGCAGUAUAUGUGUCAGGAUCACGAUGACUCAAUCGACAACACCAAUGACUUCCCUCUGCCCUACCUCCGCAAUGGAGACAACACCAACACCCAGCAAUACAACGCUCGUGCAACCGGCACCAAGAACGAAACACAGUCGCAGAUGAACAACCGCAUGACUAACGCUGUCGAACAGGACCGUGUGAUCCACGAGAGCUGGAUGAACUACGACCGAUGCUACCAACGCGAACGCAAUCGCAACCUCUUCACGGCUGACCAGCAACUGCGCAACGGUCGCUUUGGCUACAGCUCUGCUAUCUACACGCGCCAGAACCCCCAGGGCAAUCGCCGUGGCUACGAGUGCCCAGAGGAGCGCGACUACUAUCCCUACUGGCAUCCAACACCAUGGAUUGACAUUGCUGUACUGACCGACAAUGUCAGCCAUUGUGAAACCUACUACAAGGCACACAGCCAGAACGCUGAGCUCAAGUACCAGUGCUACGACAACUACAACCAACAGGACAUGAAGCACUAUUCUCGCUGGAACAACAGGGCCGACUGCCUGAAGAACAGUGGAAACUGGCUGUACAACCGCACCGUUCUGGAGACCCUCAGCGCCAGCACAUUGACUGCAUGCCGCACACAGAACACGACCGGCAACGUCUUCUGGGGCAAGGUCUUUGAGGCCGAUCCAGAUGUGUGCUACGUUCUGCCUGCUCCAGUCGACUGCCAGGCUGCCGAUUGGUCCCGUGUCAAUCAUCUUGGAAACGGACGCGACGGACAGCCUCUUUCGUACAAGUGGCAGCUGCCACGCUUCCCGUCUGGCAAGGAGAAGCGAUGUGUUUUGAGAGUCAGGUACAACAUCAGCACAGAUGACUAUGAUCCAUGGACCACCACCUCCAAGCACAACCGAAAUGCUGCUCUGGGUCGUCGCUCACCCGUCGAGCAAAACCCCAACAUCAACAUUGGUAGCAACACCAACCAGGCCCUUCGUCUCGCCAUCAACACUGCCCAGUUCGGCCGCACCUUCCAGGAUCGGUCCCACGUCAUCCGCCUGGUUCCCAGGACUGGGCUCGGUCAACCCACGGCCGAUGCCAUUAAUAUCAAGAACUUGAACGUCCGCGGCAAGCGUGGAAACAUUGUGCAGACAUUCCCGUCAGUCGAGUAUGACUUUGUGCCAACCCGCAUGGUCAUCAACGCCACCGACUACGUUCACAUUCAGUGGACAGGUUCCAACACACACAACAACGGUAACCCUGCUGGUGAUGGACAGGCUGGUGAUGCUGGAGAGGGUACAGGAGGUACUGACCGCCACAACAUGGUCGAAAUCUCCUCUUCAGAUGUCAACUACCCUUUGCCGUUUGAGUCCUCGGGUAUGUUCAAGAACGCUACCAUCUUCUGGAGAAGCUUUGCCACCGACAAGGGUGCAACAUACACCAAGCAAGACCUGGCUGUUGCCAUGGCCUCUUCCGGCUACUUCGGUUGCUUCGAGGGCUGCGCCAAGGCUGCCAAGACUGCCACCACAGCACUGAACAACUUGCUGAACAACGCGCCAGCAUCAUUCGAGGGUGCAGUCCUGUCAUUCCCCGGCAGCAGCGAGAGAGACACGAUCUACAACUACAUCUGCUCGCGCAACAACAACUUCACAAACCGAAGCCAGAAGGGCAAGAUUACUGUGAAGCGUACAGCUUCUCAGUAAAUAAUAUUCUCUCUUUUCUCUGCUGAAACCUCUUCUACUCUAAUUUGCCUUUUCCUGGUCUAUUUUGUGUGUGUGUGUGUGUGGGUCUGCAGCUUUGCGAUUUUGUGAGGUGACUGAACUAUCUUGGUUUCCUCAUGGCAGUGCUCCUCAGCAGCCAAUCAUGAGAUCAUUCAAUCACCGUUGCAUUCACUAAUGGGCAGGGUCGGUCAACUCUCCACUUCUUAUUCUUAGCUCCUGCUGGCCAGGGCUACGUUCUUUUUCUUUCCUUUUUACACUGUCGCCAUAGUCGGACAAACAAGAUCGUUUGCUCUUAGGCUAUUUUUUAUUUUUGCUAUCUUGAGAAUUUGUGCUGGCCCACGCAUCAAUACCAACUCACACAGUGGAAUGUACGGUGAUGGUCUCACUCACGUGCAGGCUCAUGCAUACUUCAUAGCUCAUACCUCUGCUCUUAUCAAUAAAGUAUUGAAGAAAGACA